CUUCUACAGUUAGUUCUACGGCUCCUCCUCCUUCUCCCGUCAUAGGCAUGACGCGUGCGCACUGGCGCCUGGCUCUGUGAGGCUGGUUCCUCGCUGCCAGCUGCCUGUGAGCGGCCGGCUGGCCGGUGACACUCGGCGCGUGCCCGCUCGGACCGGCCGAAAGAGCGACGCCGCAGCUCCCAGAGAGAAGAGGCAGAGGAGGAAGCGGGCAGCCAGGCAGGCAGGCAGGGCGGCGGAAACAGCAACGGCGAGCAUCGGCGCCGGCGCCCGACGCGGCUUGUUCGAGGCGUUCCGGCGCGACGGGGACGUCGCUGUCGCCACCCGCGGCGGUCCUGCGAAGGAGUCUUCCCCCCACUUUUUUUCCCUUCGGGAGUGCGGCUGGCCUCUGAGGGGAGGCGCCGUCCGGAGGAAAAGCGCCGCUUCAGGGCGUUGGGCCCGUCCUGGCGGCCCCGCCCUGCCCGCUUGCCUUGGCGGCUCCGCGCGCCGUCCCCCCCAGCUCGUGUCUUCCUUCCUUCGUCCGGACGGAGCUGGCUUCUGGUGUGGAUACUUGGGUCUGACCCAAUCUUGUCAGAAAAUUACCACGUGCAUAUAUAAACAUGGGGACUCCUGGGUCAGGACGGAAAAGAACUCCAGUAAAAGAUAGAUUUUCUGCAGAAGAUGAAGCUUUGGGUAACAUCGCUAGAGAGGCAGAAGCACGACUGGCAGCUAAACGUGCAGCCCGAGCAGAAGCAAGGGACAUACGUAUGAGAGAACUGGAAAGACAACAGAAGGAGCUUUCUCAGCGGUCUUAUGAUAGAAAAUGGGGACAUAUCCAGAAAUGGAUGGAAGAUUCAGAGAAGGCUAGGUAUUCACACCGCUCCAGUCGGCGGUCAUAUCUGGGAACAGAUGACUUGGGUUCCACUCGAGCUUCUGCUAGUCAGAGGAGCUCCUCCGUGGAUGUCAGUGGGUCACACAGAAGCAGAGCAAGUAAUUCUAGGAGGAGAGAUCUUGUGAGCCAUACUUACAGUGAUUCUUACGGCGGGACGAAGUCUUCUAGCUCUCAUAAAGAUCUGUUGAGUGGAUUUUACUAUGAUCGGCGAAAUUACAGCAGUCUUAGACAUAGUAAACCAUCGGCUACCUGCUAUCAUCGGUCAUCAUCUCUGUACAGUGAUCCAUUGGCAACAACUAAGAGUUACAGGGCAUCUCCAGAUGUAAACACUGGUUUGAUAAGAAGUGCCAGUUUGGCAUCUUUAUAUGGUGAAGGAUCAUAUGUGUCAUAUAAUAGUCGUACUCCUUCUGAAUAUAGUUAUUCUUCAAGAACAAGUUCAACAAGAAGUAGUCCAGUGUUCUCAUAUGAUGAAUCAGGGAGCAUUGCAUCCUCUGAUCGUGCAGUUCGGGGCCGGAGGGAAAGUGUGUCAUCUGACUUUUCUGAUCAUAGUGAAACUGCAGCUGAUUAUUUUAGCCGUUCUAAUCGUAGGGGAAGCAUUGUUUCUGACUUGGAUGAUGUCAGCAUACCAGAUAUGAACAGUCUAGAAGAGAAGAAUGACAAACCAUAUUCUGAUGUAUAUAUUCGGCCAGCAUCUCGGAAUUCAAUAACUCCUCUAAGUGGAAAUUCCUCUAGACGAGGAAGUGGAGAUACAAGCAGUUUAGUGGAUCCUGAUACCUCAUUAAGUGAAUUGCGGGAUAUCUAUGAUCUUAAGGACCAGAUACAAGAUGUAGAGGGGAGAUACAUGCAGGGGCUUAAAGAACUGAAGGAGUCACUUGCUGAAGUUGAAGAAAAGUAUAAGAAAGCAAUGGUUUCUAAUGCCCAGCUGGAUAAUGAGAAGAACAAUUUGAUCUAUCAAGUGGAUACCCUGAAGGAUGUAAUUGAGGAAAGAGAAGAGCAGCUAGCAGAAUACUACAGAGAAAAUGAAGAAAAGACUAAGGAGUUGGAAAGACAGAAGCAUAUGUGUGGUGUUCUGCAACACAAGGUGGAUGAACUUAAGGAGGGCAUUCGCCAAAGAGAUGAACUAAUAGAGGAGAACCAUCGCAUGCAGCAGAAAAUAGAAUCUAUAACCAAAGAGGUGUUUGACCUUCAGGAAACAGUUAAUUGGAAAGAUAAAAAAAUUGGGGCCCUAGAGAGACAAAAAGAGUACUUUGACUGCAUUAGGAUUGAACGAGAUGAGCUCAGAGAUGAGCUGGCUGACCUCAAGGAGACAAGAAAGACAGGAGAGAAACAUGGAUUAGUUAUAAUCCCAGAUGGCACUCCAAAUGGUGAUGUCAGCCAUGAACCAGUGGUUGGUGCAAUAACAGUGGUGUCACAAGAAGCUGCUCAGGUCUUAGAAUCAGCAGGGGAAGGCCCACUAGAUAUUAGGCUACGAAAAUUGGCAGGAGAGAAGGAAGACUUACUGUCUCAGAUUAAAAAACUAAAACUCCAGUUGGAAGAGGAACGACAGAAAUCCUCUAGAAAUGAUGGCAUGGGUACUGAUUUAAUAGGACUAGAAAAUGGUUCUGACUUGCAGUUCAUUGAAAUGCAAAGAGAUGCCAACAGACAAAUUAGUGAAUUCAAAUUUAAACUUUCAAAAGCUGAACAAGAUAUAACUACUCUGGAACAAAAUGUAGUAAGACUUGAAGGGCAGGUGGUACGAUAUAAAACUGCUGCAGAGAAUGCAGAAAAAAUAGAAGAUGAACUCAAAGCGGAGAAGAGAAAACUUCAGCGAGAGUUAAGAACAGCAUUGGACAGAAUAGAAGAGAUGGAGAUGACCAAUAGCCACUUAGUAAAACGGCUGGAGAAAAUGAAGGCAAACAGAACGGCACUUCUCUCUCAGCAGUAGAAAGGAAACUAAAAACUGUGCACUGCUCUUUGACAUAACUUGCUCCCACCUUGUUUUAAUACAGAUUUCAUUUGGUACAGACUUUGAACAUGAACUGUUCCAUGAGUUUUAGUACCAUAAUACAGUGGCAAAUAUUUUGCAAUUUGAACAAAUGAAAAAAAAAACAGCUUGAACUUUUAUGUGGAUGGUGAGUUUUAGCAGCUUAAUUGUAGUCUGCUGAAGCCCAGUGCUGUAAUGAUUGACUUAAUCUUAUAAACUAUUUUCACAAUUGUGAAAUCAGGUUUGUUCACCAAACUAUUUUCAGCUGCUUUAAUAAUGCUUGGUGCUUGGAGAUAACUGCAUGAGUUCCAGAAGAUGCUGCAUUACAAACUAACCAAGACUUCACAUGGCACAAGUGCCUUCUAUAUAGUGCAGUGUAGACUUCAAUGAUUAGAUUAAAAUAACCUUUGGAAAUCGGAUAACAUUUAUUUUAAGAUACAUCUGGGAUUCUUGUUUGAUAAACUUUAUACAUUUUGAUGGAAACACUUUUGUAAAAUAUUUAAAUUUAUAUAAAAUAAAAAUGACUGUAUAAAAUUUGCUUUAUUGCAUGGAUGACACACACCUGAGUUUUAGACUUUCAGGUGUACUAUCCCCAACUACUCUUAGUGAAAGAGUAGUCAGUAGAAGAUGUUUUGUUGUACACUGUAAAAUCUGGCAUGUCGGCUUUGUAAGUGUGGAAUGAAAUGGGGUGUGUGGAAAAACUAUGGCAGAAAAAUCUAUUAAAUGAACACUUUAUUUAGUA